CGGUGGGCGUGGCCGCGUCGCUCUCGAGCGACUUCUUCCCGGAAGUAAGCUCUUCGGAGUUCUUUUGUAAAAAAAACUUUUUUGGCUGACUUUUCGGACGCGUCCAUGAGCGAGUCGCGCUUUUCCCUUCCGUCAUGUCGGGGUCUUUGGAGCCCUCCGGCCAGCUCAGCUCGCUGAAGGAGCAGGUGGAGAAGAAGCUGUGCGAAGUGUUGGACCGAGCCGGCACCAAAGGAUGGCGAAGACUUGGGGAGAUAGUCGGCGGUGACAGACGCUUCAAAGUCAGCCCGGACGACUUGGAGAUGUGCUCUCUCGAGGUCCUGCAUCCUGAUGGCAGUCCGAGCCGCACGCUACUGAGGCUGAUGGGAGAGCGAGGCUGCACCCGUGGUCACCUCGUGGACUACCUCCAGACGCUGGGCAACGCUGAAGCCCUCCAGUGCCUCACAGCACCAGGUGGAGACCACACCUUGCAGAUUCUCAUCCAGCCACAGUCUGCGGCACUGUUAAGCGGUCACAACCUGCGGCUCAGCUGCCAUGCUGUAAGCCACUCGCCAGUGCAGUACCAGUGGUUCAAGUACAAGGAAGAGGUGCCAAACGGCUCCUCUCCUGACUUGGCCAUCACUCAGGUCCACGUGAAGCAUGCUGGCUUUUACGUUUGCAGGGUCAACUGCGGCGACUCCUUUGAGUUCAGCCAGUGGGCUCAAGUGGAUGUUCUGGAGGUGUCCACGCCGUGCGGCCAGUCGUCAGAGGGUCGCCUAAAGGUGGCCGUCCAGCCUCAGUCACAGCAGCUUCAUGCUGGCCAAACGCUGCGUCUCGAGUGCGGUGCCGUGGGACGCCCCAUCCCUCGCUAUCGGUGGCACCGGAACGGAGCGCCUGUUGCCAACGCCACCAGGAGGAAACUCAAUAUCCCUCACGUGACGGAGGAUCACCAGGGCAGGUAUUGCUGCGAGAUCAGCAGCGGCGCCGAGAGAACGUGGAGCACCGAGGUUGAGGUUGUGAUCGCUCCAAAGAAGCUGGUCCAGAUUUCAGGAGUAAUGGAGUGCUCUGAAGAUGACGUUUACGCUAUUGGAGGAGGUUCCACCGAUUUCCUCCUGAAUAGCAUUCCUGAGCAACUUUAUGCAACGGAAAAAGUAGCCCUGCUGAUUGGAAAUCUGACCUACCAGAACCACCUUCAGCUCAAAGCUCCCAUGGUGGACGUGUACGACCUGACCAACGUGCUGCGGCAGCUCAACUUCAAGGUGGUCUCCUUGCUGGACCUCACCGAGUCGGAGAUGCGGAACGCUGUGGACGAGUUCCUGCUGCUGCUCCACAGAGGGGUGUACGGACUGCUGUACUACGCAGGGCACGGAUACGAGAAUUUCGGCAACAGUUUCAUGGUUCCGGUGGAUGCUCCCAAUCCGUACCGCUCGGACAACUGCUUGUGUGUCCAGAGCAUCCUCAAACUGAUGCAGGAGAAGGAGACGGGUCUCAACGUCUUUCUUCUGGACAUGUGCAGGAAGAGGAAUAUCCAUGACGACAGCACCCCCAGAGUCGUCCUCAGGGUCACGGCCAACAUCGUCUUCGGAUACGCCACGUGUCAAGACGCCGAGGCCUUCGAGCUGAGCUCCAGCGGCUUCACUAAUGGCGUGUUUGUCAAGUUCCUGAAGAAGCGCCUGCUGGAUGACGAGAAGAUCACGGUGGUGCUGGACAGGGUGGCAGAAGACAUGGGCCAGUUUGACGCCACCAAGGGGAAGCAGGCGCUGGAGAUCCGCAGCAGUCUGUCUGAGCGAAGGGCCCUGAAUGACCCGGUGCGGCCCGGCACGGCUGAUCAAGUCCACAGUCGCCAGUGGGCCAAAGCUCACGAGCUUCCAGAGACCAUGCUUCUGGACUUUGAGUGCGGCGCUCAGAUCAAAUUGGGCUUUGCGGCGGAGUUCUCCAACGUGCUGGUCAUCUACACGCACAUCAUCAAGAAGCCCGCCGAGCUCUCCUCGUGCCAGGCCCACGUCACCGACUUCCCACAGGAGCUGGAUGUAGAUCCCAAAGAGAUGAACAGGGAGACUCCGGAGGAGACGGGCAUCUACCUUCUGUCCAGCAGCCUGCCACAGCACUGCCUCUACACCAGACUCAGCUCACUGCAGAAACUCAGGGAGGCGCUGGUGUUCACCGUGUGCCUCAGGGGCGCCUCUGCCGCCAUGGACCACGAUGACACUGUCUGCUGGACAAAACAAGUCAACAUUGGAAUGCCGCUGAUUGCCCGCCUGGGCCUGCAUGAAGUCACGCGCCAAAACAGUUGCUUGCAGACGUGCACGAUGCCCCACAGCCCCGGUCAGAGCCCAGCCCCCCAGGAUUGUCUGUACCCGCAGCAAACUCCAGACCAGGACCCCAGCCUCCUGUCACACCAGUGUCACCACCUUUACAUGGGGGCGGCGGUGGCGGCAGAUGGCGGUGUGGAGCACGCCCACAGCUCUAGCAUCCCCAUCGAGGCCAGCGACGACAUGGAUGAGCUGCAGACGGCGUUCAUCAACAGCCUGCAACUCCAGCAGGCGUGAGGCGUCCCUGAUACCAUCUGGAAGGUGACUGUGUCUCAAGACGUAACCC